AUGCACCUGUACACCAAGCCGUUGACCCUGCAGAUCUUAAUGCAGAAGAUAGACGAGAAUUUCGUAAUGCAGAACGUGAGCGUGUGCGGGUCCUCAGAGCCACGCCAGGCUCGUGACCUACCAGACGAAAGAGCAAAAAAGCAAUCAACACCACAAACUUCAACGGAUGGAAAACGAUGCUUUAAUUGCGGUGCAAAGGAUCACGUAGGUGUAAGCUGCCCUUUCAAAAAUAAAGGCACCAAAUUCUGUCCUGAAAACGACGGCACGAAGAAGAGAAGCUGUAACGCGACGCAAGCAGGCGAGAAGAGGUACCAUAAAGAAGUCGAGAUAGAAGAUCAAAAAGUAGUUGCGCUCAUCUAUACGGGAAGUGAUCUCAGUCUUAUCAGUUAUCAGCCGAAUAAAGUCCGUGAAGUAGGUGUUAAAAUGCGUAUUACUUUAAAAGACGAUAUACCGGUGCAUCAAAGACCACGGAGACUCUCACUAAAAGAAACAGCCGAAAUAGACAAACAUAUACAAACAUGGCUCGACGACGGUAUAAUACGACCAUCAAAUUCAGAUUAUGCUAGUCCAGUAGUGCUUGUACAGAAAAAGGACGGGGCGACGAGACUUUGUAUAGAUUACCGCAAACUAAACGAGAGAAUUAUUAAAGACCGGUACCCAUUACCCGUGAUCGAAGACCAGAUAGACAAAUUACAAGGUGCCAAAGUUUAUAGUCUCAUAGAUUUGCAAAACGGAUUUCUCCAUAUUAUAGAACAUAUUAAAGAUGGUACCGUGUUGACUUAUUUGGAUAACUUAAUUAUACCGUCGAUGAAUCAUGAAGAUGGUUUGAGCAGACUGAAAAGUGUUUUACACACGGCGAGCGAACAUGGAUUAUUAUUAAAUAUAAAGAAAUGUAAAUUCUUGCAAGCAAGAAUAUUGUAUUUAGGCUAUAUAGUAGAGAAUGGAACUAUUAUGCCGUCGAACGAAAAAACAAUUGCCGUAGAAAGAUUCCCGCAGCCUGAUAGCGUUAAAUGUGUGCGUAGUUUUUUAGGAUUAACAGUUGUAGAUGCAUUUUCUAAGUUUUCGUGGUUUUAUCCAACCAAAUCGACGGGUACAGCAGAGGUUAUCGAUAGGCUCAAGAAACAGUCGGUAAUAUUCGGCAAUCCAAGGAGAAUAAUUUCUGACCGGGGCGCCGCGUUCACUUCCCAUGGUUUUAAGGACUAUUCCAACGAAGAAGGUAUACAACAUACUGCCAUAAUCACCGGCGUACCACGAGGGAACGGACAAGUCGAAAGAGUUAACAGGGUGUUGAUCCCUCUUCUUACGAAACUAUCGGCUCCUAAGCCCGAAGAAUGGUUUAAGCAUGUGCCCUCAGCAAAACAAUAUUUAAAUAAUAUUCCGAGUAGGAGUACAGGCGUCUCUCCAUUUUUCAUACUCACGGGGACGAGAAUGAGAAUCAAGGACGAUCCUCACAUUAGAGAACUAUUGGAGACCGAGGUUAUUGCUGCAUAUAACGAACGACGAGACGACUUGCGGCAGCAGGCAAAGGAAAAUAUCGCCAAAAUACAAGCCGAGAAUAAGAAGCAAUUUAACAAGCGUCGGAAGGAAGCAAAGACCUAUCAAGAUGGCGAUUUUGUUGCGAUAAAGAGGACUCAGUUUGGAACAGGACUUAAAUUUCAUUUCGAAAUUUUUCGGCCCUUAUCGCAUUACAAAAGUAUUACGUCAUGA